CGACGCGCUAGAAGCUUCCAAGAAAAUGUUGUGUACUCAAUUGAUAAUGGAUCACAUCCGAAGCCACCCAAUACUGGCUACCAUCAGCGUUGGGGCCGGCACUGUUUUUGUAUCAGAGGUGGUCUGGAAGGUGGUCAAGUACUUUCUAGGCCUAAGGAAAAAACAACUUGUCGUAAAUGAAGUUCUCGUGUUUAACGAACUGGGGGAAAUCUGUGCGGCUCAGCAUCUCCGAAACAGCAUUCCGGGAUCUGGACCAAUGGUCACCCAAUGCCGGAACGAGCACUGCUCACAGCGGAACUUGGAAAAGAUAGUGGAACAGAUUGACCGGGCUGUGUACUCCAUUGAUGUGGCUAUCUAUACCUUUACCUCCAUUUUUUUGGCGGAAGCUUUCAAGCGAGCAUUGCAACGAGGCGUAAAUUUAAGGAUUAUUACCGAUCGUGAGAUGUGUUACUCCAGUGGAUCACAGAUCAAUGAACUGGCUCGCCUUGGGGUUCCAGUCCGCGCUCCCGAUUCCACUAAAAUGAUGCAUAACAAGUACUGCGUAAUUGAUGGUGCGGAGCGAGUGGAGGAGAUUCGGCUGCUGAAGCAGCGCAAGUGGAUGCGUCCGUUUUGCAGUGUCAUUAUCACUGGGUCUGUUAACUGGACCCGACAGGGAUUUGGAGGCAACUGGGAGAAUUGCAUCAUUAGUGCGGACGAGGAAUUUGCGGGCAAGUUUCAGGCGGAUUUCAGUCGCAUGUGGAAAGCCUUUAAGAAGACCGAGAAUAAGCUUAUUCCGUCAGAAUAGAAAAACAAAAAAUAACCAAAACAUAAUCGCAAUCUCUAUACCAAAUGAAAAAAAUUUAAAUUUUACAUUUUCAAAAUGUUCCUGAACAACCAAAACUAUGAAUCUCAUGUGUUCCAACUAAAUGAGGUUAAGCCUCCAAUGUUCCAAAUUUCUUUAACGCUGACAGCGACAUUUUUUUUUUCUUUUCAAAUUAUUGAAACUUAAACGUUUACCAGAACUAACAACUUGGAAACUAUUAAUCUAAUUUUCUUAACGUUGUAAUCCUUCUUAUUUAGCUAUUGAUCUUAAGCUUUAGCGCAAGAAAGUGAAAAGCAAAAUUGACUACCAAAAAUAACAAAUAUUUUAUAAAGGUACAAAAUUGUAUCUACAGUAAAACUAGAAGCUACAUGAUGAACUAACCAAGGUAUUACAAAUUACGAUCUUAGCCGAUUUUUGUAGGUUUAAGUAUUUUGAAUUCUACAUAUAACAUUUAAGUGCUUUUAAAAGCUAUUCUUCCAAUCUUUACUGUCGCUGAUUGAUUAGAGUACAUGAAAAAAUGAAAUUGAAAACAGUUAAGCUAUGAAAAUAUUGUUAUAAGAUAUAAAUAUUGUUAUAAGAGAGAGAUAUCUGCUUAUCCUCCGGUAGUUCCCUGCAAAUAGAUGUCCAUGGCUUCCUUGUUCAAAUGAAGAGCAGGACGUCUUCUGGGAAUUGGCUGAAUAUGGGGCAACCGGGUGCCAUUUACUACAUUUAAACUUAAAUUCGAGUUGGGCUCGUCGUCAGAAUUACUUGCUGGAGUGGAAUUGUCAGCAGAAUUGCUGCUGACAUCAGUGAUACUUGAGGCCUCAGCCCGCUCCCUGUGCUUUCUGGCGUUGUUAUUCUUUAUGUUAUAAACUUCUACCAGACUUCGAUAGCAUGGAAUACAUAAAGGCGACGUUAUCUGGAUUUCGGAAUUAAGCUUUUUGGCAAACUUGUACAAAUGCUCAUUGCCGAGUUCACGAUAUGGGGUCCUUAGCAUAUGGUUCCCAAGAGCGCACCAUCGCCGUUCCUCAUGGACCUCUUGCUGCACGUCGUCUUUUUGCAUUUUGUUUUUGAUAAAUUAUAUAUUAAACGAAGUUUGCUUUAUUAAUUGAAAUUUACAUGUAUAAUUAUACAUGAACCGUUGUACCUUUAUAAUUGUAAAUGUACAAUUGUACAUGAAUAAUUGAACAUGUAUAAAUUUACUUUACUACUCAAAUUAUGUUGAUAUUUACUAUAAGAACAUUUCAUACUUUGUACCAUACUUAAUUUUUCUUAAAUAAACUUUAUAACUUAAAACUA